AAAUGAGAGGAGGUCUGAUUUGCAAUACAUGUAGUCUAAAUGAAUGGGAAAGGAAAGAGAGUAGCCGUUUAGGCUCUCCUUUCCUCAUGGGGCCACGGCAGGGGCAUUCAGGUAUAAAGUCAAAAGUUUGGGCCAGCAAGGUUAAUUUAGGACAGUCAGAUAGUCAGGGAGUGAGGAAUAUCAGCUGGGUUAACUGGGAAGAUUAGGAUCAGCUGGGUAGGUGAGGGUUCUGGAAAGCUAGCAGCCUGGGUCAGGGAUUGGUUCUGACAGGUCAGGUGGCUAGUUUGGAAAAUUCUGGAGCUGGUCUCUGGGCUAUAUUAAGGCCUAUGCAUUAUGGGUCAGGUGCCGGUGACCAGGUAAAUGUCAGCAGGAGGAAGCUCCCGGACGGUGUGUGCGAUGGAAGCCUUGAUUCAACAGCUGAUCAGGAAGGCGGAGGGUUCGGGCGGCGCCGAAUGGAUACAGCAUUGCCUAUCCCUACCUGACGAGAGGAGCGUGGAUGCCAGCAGCGUCGAGACCGCCCCUGCACCAGGUCCAAGCGAGCCGAGCAGCCUACAGCCAUUCCGGAUAGGAGAAGCGGAGUUCCCGACGGUCUUCGUCCCGGGGAUGACAAGCCUGGAGGCCGCAGAGGAGGAGGAAGGCGUCGGGCAGAGGACCAGCAAAAGACGGCGUUCGCAGAGGAGGAGUGUAAGCCCUGCGCAGCCCGGGACCAGCGAGUCCUGUAGUCUCUCUCCCCUUUUGUUUUGCAGCAGCCAGAGCACCAGACCAGCAGCCCCCCCUGGAGGUCGAGGGAGGAACAGCAGGUCCACAACUGAAGCUUCUCCACAGCCAUGCAGCACGCCGGGGUAUGUUCAAAACUCCCGCAGAGGUGGCAGGGGAGGUCGGAGGAACACGAGCCGCCCCACACAACAAACCUCUCAGCAAACCUCUCAGCAAACCGGCAGCAUCCCUGUGCGGUGCGAGGUGCCUGCAGCGUUCCCUGGAGCCCAGUCUGCUCAGGGAUUGGAGGGUCACCAACAGUCAAUAUGGAUCUUAGGUCACUCAUUUAUUUUUUGGGCACAGAAAAGAGCGGCGGAUAGGACCUAUUCGGAAAAUUUGGGCCUGGACCCCUCGAUCUUCAAAGUGAAUUGGUAUGGUCGCAGAGGAAUGGUGUGGGAUGACCUAGUUUUUGAGUUAGGCAGAUUAUAUGCAGUUUUUCCUCCUCCAGACAUUUUGGUAUUGCAUUUGGGCGGAAAUGACAUAGGUAAAGUCAAAACUUACGAGUUGGUUAACAAGAUGAAGGAUUCUUUUCAAUUUUUAAAAAUGGUUUCCCCCCACACUGUUUUAGUUUUCUCGGAAAUAGUUCCGCGUUUACGUUGGUUGGAGUCUUUAAUUUUCAAACCUCUGGAGAAGGUCCGUAAACGGAUCAACAAGGCUAUGGAAAAAUUUUUAUCCCCCGAUCUGGGUUUUUCUUUCAGGCAUCGUGAACUAGAGGGCGGGGUUCAGGGUCUAUAUAGGGCAGAUGGAGUCCAUCUGUCAGAGAUAGGCCUGGACAUUUUCAACACGGAACUUCAAACGUGCAUAGAAGCGGCCGCGGUUUGGGGUGGUGGGGACAGAAGGGCGGCUAUUGCCUUUCCUUCUGUCGCUUGGGAGAGUUGAGUUUUCUGAUGGUAAAUCGGCUCGAGUCUAAGUGGCUGAGCUGAUGUUUGGUUAUGGUGAAUUAAUUGUUUAAGUGAUGGAUUUCAUGAUAUUCAGUAUGAGUUAUUAUCGUGUAUUAAUUUGUAAAACCAAUGAAUCAGGCCGUGGCCAAGUUAUUUCCAAAUGGAUUAUUACAGAAUUGUUAAAUAAAUAUUUUCAAGGAUUCUGUUGUUGGGUUUGUUUAUUUCUAUGCACGUUUUGUUGGGUUAUGCAUGAUGCCUGUGGUCCCAUGGGAAAGGAAAGAGAGUAGCCGUUUAGGCUCUCCUUUCCUCAUGGGGCCACGGCAGGGGCAUUCAGGUAUAAAGUCAAAAGUUUGGGCCAGCAAGGUUAAUUUAGGACAGUCAGAUAGUCAGGGAGUGAGGAAUAUCAGCUGGGUUAACUGGGAAGAUUAGGAUCAGCUGGGUAGGUGAGGGUUCUGGAAAGCUAGCAGCCUGGGUCAGGGAUUGGUUCUGACAGGUCAGGUGGCUAGUUUGGAAAAUUCUGGAGCUGGUCUCUGGGCUAUAUUAAGGCCUAUGCAUUAUGGGUCAGGUGCCGGUGACCAGGUAAAUGUCAGCAGGAGGAAGCUCCCCACCCUACCCCC